CCCUAUAGCUCGAUUUUGCAGCUCGACGCGAUAAGCCUUGGGUUGUACAGAUUCAAUAGCUCGCAAGUCAUAACGCAUGUAGCCAGAACACCGCUGCAGUGCUGCUGCUCACAUACCGUCCGAACGGUUCAUUCCAUUUGGCGCCAAACCGCUGAGCUCACUUGCUACUGCAGGCAACUCGCAUUUUGGCACGCUUAAUUCGUAGAGUACCAACCAUGUUGCAGCUCAGCAGCAGCCGGCACCAGGUGGUGCCUGCAGCAGCAGCCCGGCACUGCCUUCCUUCCCCUCGGGCGUGCGCACGCCCUGCACUGCGCCGCUGCGUCGUCGUGCGCGCAAGCGCCGCUGCCGCCGAGCCGCCACCACCUGAGCAGCAGCCCAACAACGCGGCGGCGCGGCCCGCCGCGGCUGCUGCCACUGAUGAGGCCCCUGCUGCCCCUGAUGCCACUGCUACUGCUCGCGCCACCCCCGCCACUACCGCCGCGCUGCCUCACCAGGCGCGUCAGCUUCUGGACACGACACGCGGCGGCGCCGAUGAGUCGGCGCUGCCGGCGGCCCUGGCAGCCUCGGGUGAUGAGCAGGCCGCGGCCCAACUGAAAGAUCUGCGGGCAGGUCAGCUGUCACUGGGCAGCGAUGUGGAUGGCGUGAAGGAGAAGCUAGGCGAGGUGAAGCAGGAGCUGGAGGCUGUGAAGCAGGAGCUGGCGGCAAUGCGGCAGGCGGCGGCGGAGGAGGCGCGUUUCACGCGGCUGCAGCGCGCGCGGGUGCUGGUGUGUGGCGGCGAGGAUAGCGAGGACGAGCAGUAUAAUUACCCGGCGGACCAGAUUCUGGCGGGCUUGAUCUGCGGCGAGACCGAGUUCGAUUUGGGAGAUGGGUGCAUCACUGGCAGCCCCCACGCGCCGGGCGAGCAGUGCAACGAGUUCGCCUCCUACAUGCACAGCCUGACGGGCUGGCGGUUCCGGGUGAAGCGGCGGCCCUGGCGCCGCUUCAUGUUGCUGCUGGCUGAGGAGGAUAAGUAGCUGUGGCAGUAGCCACGCACAGUAGCAGUGGCAGUAGCAGUGGCAGUAGCAGUAGCCAGGCUGUAGCCGGAAGAGGCAGCAGUAGCAGCCAGAGCAAGUGCAUGCUGCAUGUUGUGGCGGCAGCAGCCUGCAGGCAUGGCUGGCUCAUCCGCACGCACUCAGACAGUGUGGGAGAAACCCACAUCGCCAACGACAUCUCCUAGAUGGGAAAGGAUCCUGGAUGACAUCUUGUGAUGCCGCCUUGGGACCAUCUGUCCUGCUACAGACAGUGCGUAGUGCGGCAGCAGUAGCAGCAGUAGCAGCAGGGAGCACGGAGGAGUGGUACAAGCCCGAUGAUGCGUGUGGAGAUGUGAUAUGGUGCGCGUGGUGUGGAGUGCGGUUAUAUAUUGCGUGGAACGUAUAUGUUUGUCAGCCUGCUUGGAAUUUAGGGUUGGGUGUGCCUGCAGCCCAGACUACCACUUAACAAGUGUGCUUAUUAUUACCCGACAAUUAUGCUGUCAAUGGAAGGGAUGUGGGGCGGCGCGUUCAGGGGGCUAGGCUAGUGAACACGACUAAGGCUGUGGGAGCAUCGCGGACGGGACAGCCCAUCCAUACCGGAGCAGGAUUAGGGGUUGACAACAAGUAAGGAU